GCGCUCUACAUGGGCGCGCUCGAGGCCACGCGGUCCGUCGUCGGCCCGGCCGCGCUCAGCCUCGGCGCGCCUGAGCCCGCUGCGUCCGCGGCCGCGGGCGCCGCCGCCGGGCUCACCGCCGCUGUUGCCGCGCAGGUUGUGUGGACGCCUGUUGAUGUCAUCAGCCAGCGCCUCAUGGUGCAGGGCAACCCGUGCCCGGCCUCCCGCUACCGCGGCGGCCUCGACGCAUUCCGCAAGAUCGUGGCCUCCGACGGCCUCGGUGGCCUGUACCGCGGCUUCGGCAUGUCCAUCCUAACCUACGCCCCCUCCAAUGCCGUGUGGUGGGCGACUUACUCACUGUCACAGAAGAUUAUCUGGAGCGGGAUCGGCUGCUACCUCUGCCAGUACGGCGUGGGUGUGCAAGAAAUCGAUGAGGGCGACGGUGACAUCUCAUUGCAACCAAGCUGCAAGACUCUCAUGGUGGUGCAGGGAACGAGUGCCGCGAUAGCCGGUGGCGCCGCGGCGCUUGUGACCAUGCCGCUGGACACCAUCAAGACAAGGAUGCAGGUCAUGGACGGCAAAGGCGAGCAGAUCACCAUUGGGCGGACGGUGCGGGAGCUGAUCAGGGAAGGCGGGUGGGGCGCGUGUUACAGGGGGCUCGGCCCGAGGUGGGCGUCCAUGUCCCUGUCUGCCACCACCAUGAUCACCACGUAUGAGUUCCUCAAGCGCCUCUCGGCCAAGAAGGGGCAGGAGAGUGGCCUUCCCUGACUUCUGUUGGCAAGUAUAUAGAUAGAUAAUGCAAAUUAGGUGCUUUCCCUUGGUUUGUUUGGUUCCUUUCCACAGCUUAUCUGAUCUUUCAGGUGUUGAAAAGAGAAUGGUGAUCAAGUGUGUGUAGAUAGUGUUUUCGUUUGUAACUCCAAACCAAUCAACGAAAUCCACUUUAUUUCUGCUA